GGACAUGUGCGCUGGCACUGACCCCACACACACAGGAGGCCGAGCCAGCGCCACAUGCUGCAAGUCCAUAUUUAGCCCCGUCCCUCACUCAGCUCUGGGCUGCAGGUAUCGCUGAGCCUGGGAGACCCGGCUGCUUCCAGAGGUUUCCACACACAGAUUCUCUUUAUCGGACCAACUGCACUUGCCCAAUCGACCUCAAUGAUGACGGCACAUCAUAUUCUCUGGAUAACGCUCCAUAUUCUCUUACCUACCUUUGCUAACAUACAUUCAAGCUAUAGAGGUCGUCACAAGGCUUCGGUCUUCUCAGAUCUCACCCCCAGUGAGAUGAGGUCUGUACAAGCCUUUCUUAUGGAACAGGAUAACCUUAAGUUGGCUCCCGCAGAUGACAAAUUUGGCAAAAACAUCAUAUUUAUGAUGGAGCAUAACGUACCUAAAAAGGCUCAAGUUCUUAACUUUCUGGAUAAAACUGGCCCAAAACCAGAACGGGAGGCCAGAGUUAUUAUCUACUUUGCAGAUCAACCCAAUCCCAACAUCACUGAAUACAUUGUAGGACCUCUACCACGCCCAUAUUAUUAUAGGCCACAUUUCAAGGGAAAUAGGACACUAAGGUUUGAAUCAAGGCCAACAACAAGAAGUGAGUAUGGAAAUAUUCACCUGAAGCUACUGCAGGUCAUGACAAAGGUCAACCACAUCCUACUGGAGACAUCAGGGUUUUCUUUCUUCAACUGCUCAAAUCGCUGCUUAACCUACACUGAUAUUGGACCACGUGGCUUAAAGUCAGGAGAGCGUAGGACAUGGUUAAUGUUUUUCCGAUUUGUAGAAGGGUACUUUCUCCAUCCUGUUGGUUUCGAGCUCCUGCUUAACCAUCGCUCUCUCAGCCCAAAGGAUUGGAAAGUAGAGAAGCUCUGGUACAAUGGACAAUACUUUGACAGCACAGAAGACCUUGUUAGGAAGUAUGAGAAGAAUGAGUUGACCAAGCUGCAUUUACCGGAGUUUAACGAGAAAGACCCUUAUUCAACAUUCAUUCCACGUGGAGCGUUUAAGACAAGGACAGAUAUACAUGGACCUAAGAUAUGUGAGCCCCAAGGAAAACGCUACAAGGUCCUGGGGAACUAUGUGGAAUAUGCAGGAUGGAACUUUGCUUAUCGCAUUAGUGCUUCCACAAGCUUGCAGAUCUAUGACAUACAAUAUAACGAUGAGCGGGUGGCCUAUGAGGUGAGCAUCCAGGAAGCUAUUGCUUUUUAUAGUGGGGUUACUCCAGCUGCCAUGCAGUCUAAAGCUAUGGACUCUGGGUGGGGCAUGGGAUCGGUUAAUCAUGAGUUGGCCAAAGGUAUUGACUGUCCUGAAGUGGCCACUUACAAGGAUAUAUACCAUUUUUAUGACACAGACCAGCCAGUCCACCUUAAAAAUGCUUUAUGUAUCUUUGAGCUGCCCACUGGCAUGGCCUUGCGCCGACACUUCAACAGCGACUACAGUGGUGGCUACAACUUCUUUGCUGGAGUGGAGAAUCAUGUGCUGGUGGUGAGGGCCACGUCCACCGUCUACAACUAUGACUACAUCUGGGACUUUCUCUUCUACCAGAAUGGGGUGAUAGAGGUGAAAGUCCAUGCUACUGGGUACAUCCAAGCCAGCUUCUUCACCCCUGAUGGCCUCAACUAUGGCAGCAAGGUCUACAACCACGUCCUGGGGAACCUGCACACCCACCUGGUACACUACAAAGUUGACCUGGACGUGGCAGGUACAGAAAACAGCUUUGAAACCAUUACCCUGAAAUACGAGAACAUCUCAAACCCCUGGAGUCCGGGUCACUUUAUUGUCCAGUCCCGUAUGGAACGGACCACGAGGAAGAGUGAAAUGCAGGCCUGCUUCAGAUUCGGCUCACCCCUGCCCAGGUACUUGAUGUUCCGGAACCCCAACAAAAAGAAUAAAUGGGGACAUGACAGGAGCUACAGAAUUCAGUACAACUCUCACGCCCACAGCGUGCUGCCGCGGGGAUGGAACGAGGAGAAAGGAAUCUCGUGGUCCAGGUACAGCCUGGCGGUGACACGGCACAGGGACUCAGAGAUGACCAGCAGUAGCCCAUACAACCAGAAUGACCCGUGGGAGCCAGCAGUCAAGUUUGAGAAAUUCAUUCGAAACAAUGAAGAGAUCGUGAAUCAGGACCUUGUUGCCUGGGUGACUGUAGGGUUCCUGCACAUCCCCCACGCUGAGGACAUCCCCAAUACUUCCACUCCUGGAAACGCAGUGGGCUUCUACCUCCGCCCUUUCAACUUCUUUAAUGAGGACCCAUCCGUGGCCAGCAGGAGCACCGUCAUUGUGAGACCUACAGACGCGACCUUCACUAAAGUGAACAUUGAACGCUGGACCCCGGAAGUCAUUGGUCGAUGUGUGUCGGACAAACCCUUUUACUACAAUGGAACUUACUUCUCUGACUGAGCUCACUGUAACACACCUGGCACUGACCAAAUCGGCCUCAUUGUCCUGCAGUGGCAAUCUAUCAGCUGUCUGGUACCUCUAUGUGAUAGACCUCUGGGUUGGUAACGUGUUGCUUAUCUUUUAUCUGUCACUCACAAUGUCGGGAAGUAAAUGCCCUAAGUGUUGCAUAUAUCUAAUUAUUAAGCAUUUUAGCCAUUUAGAUCGCCACACCUGGAAAUAACCGUGUUCAUCCAGUCUUUAUGACUUGCUGUAUGGCGCUGCCAGACAAGGCCAACUGGUGAGUUAGAGCCAUGAAGAAGGACUAUGAAUCUAACAGCAAUUUCAUUACCUUCCCUUUCUCCGCACCACAGCCAUUUUACAUGUCUCUUUAUGGCAUGGUAUAGAAUCCAGCGCAGCCUACCGCCGAGGACCGCCAGGAAGAGAGCGCUGGUCAUACGUGAACCGUGUACCAGGUCUUCACAUGUAACAUUCCACGCUGGCUAUCAGACUACUGCAUGUGUAACACGGCAUGUUUAAAUGAUGACAAAACACGCGUCUUAUAUCCUAAUAUUUGGUUUAUUAUAAUUCUCAUUCAUUUAAAUAA